AAUGAAAAACAAACAAAAUCCCUUAUAACCCAAAACCCCAAAAUUUGAAAAACCUCAGUCAGACGCAGAGAGACUGAGCGAGGAGAGAGCAGUGAAGGAACAAUGUCGGGUUUCAAUUUCGGAUCCUCCGCGGCCUCCGCUUCUCAAUCCACUUCCCCUUUCGGAUCCUCCACCCCUGCUUUCUCAUUCGCCUCCUCCCCUUCCCUCUUCGGAUCCUCCGCGCCCGCCACCGCCUCCACCGGGUUCGGACUCGGCUCCUCCUCUUUCGGCUCCGCUUCCUCAAACCCCUCCACCUCCUCCUCCCCUUUCAGCUUCUUAUCCAACACCGCCCCCUCCCCCGCUUUCAGUACCCCAAACCCUAGCCCCGCCCCGAACCCGAACCCGAACCCAUUUCCCUCAUUCGGAGUCGGAUCCUCCACCGCCGCAGCAUCUACACCUUCAUUCGGAUUCAAUCCCUCCACCGCCGGUUCAGGCUCCACUCCGUCGCAGCUUAUGUUCGGCUCAACCGCACCCCAAUCCCUGUUUGGCUCAUCCUCAUCGGCGCAGGCUCCGGGUUCUACCCCAUCCUUAUUCGGGUCAACUGCAUCUGCCUCCGCUUCCGGCACUACCAGCUCUCCUCUGUUCGGCUCGGCUUCGGCGUCGGCUUCACCUUUGUUCGGGAGUACUACUACUUCUUCUUUCGCUCCCAGCACAGGCUCGGCUCUGUUUGGCUCAUCCUCUUCAUCGGCGGCGCCGCCCUCUUCCACCACUCCGAACUUGUUUGGCUCUGCUCCGUCGUCCGCGGCUCCAACCACUCCCUCGUUCCCAAGCUUUUCAAGCUCUUCCUCUGCAGCCCCAACCACUCCCUCAUUCCCCAGCUUUUUGGGCUCUUCGUCUGCAGCAUCAACCACUCCCACUCCCGCAUUCCCAUCCUUUUCGAGCUCUUCCGCUGCAGCCUCAACCACUCCUGCUUUCGGAGGCUUUUCGAGCUCUUCUUCUGCAGCUCCGGCCACUUCCUCGUUCGCAAGCUCUUCGGGGUUCUCAUCAUUCCCGAGUUCAGCUCCUGCUAAGCCCACAGCAGCAUCCACACCUACUACUACGGCGCCUUCAUCAAGCAGCGGUUUCAACCUCUCAUUUGGAGCGCCCACAUCCUCGGCUUCUCAACCUUCUUUUGGACUCAGCAAUGCCGCCUCAUCAGCCGCGGCGGCUUCCACCGCAUUGUCAUUUUCAAAGUCUUCAUCGCCAUUGUUUUCAACCGUCACGACCACCACGGCUUCUUCAACUCCGGCUGCAAGUAGUACUACUACACAAGCUCCUUUCUCUUUGUCGGCUUUCAAUGUAACUCCUACUGCUCCUCCUGCUGCGAGCACCACUGCACUGACUUCAACGGCAGUGCCUGCCAGCUCAGCUGCUGCUUCAUCAAGCACUACUACGAGUUCCUUUACAGGUUUCUCCUUAACACCUGCUUCUUCGGUGGCUACUGCUUCUUCUUCUGGCCUUUCAUUGUUUUCCAGUGCCUCAGUGCCCGCCUCGUCAUCACAAGCACAACCAAGCACCACUCUGCCUGCAUUUGGUCUCACUACUUCAGCAACUGCAACUACCACUGCAACUACAAUGACGACUGGUACCAGUACCUCUGCAGCUCCGACAUCAAGUGCACUUGCUGUGGCUUCUACUAGUGGGACAACCUCAAAUGUUAAUGGCAGCACUACAGUAUCUACGACAACACCAAAAUUACCUUCUGAGAUCACUGGGAAGACUGUUGAGGAGAUUAUCAAGGAGUGGAAUGCUGAGCUUCAAGAGCGUACUGGAAAAUUCCGAAAGCAGGCUAAUGCAAUAGCAGACUGGGACAGGAGGAUUUUGCAGAACCGUGAUGUUCUUCUUAGGCUCGAGAUCGAAGUGGCAAAUGUGGUAGAUACCCAAGCUAAGGUGGAGCGGCAACUAGAGUUAAUUGAGACUCAUCAGCAAGAGGUCGAUAAGGCUUUACAAAGCAUGGAACAAGAAGCUGAGCGUAUAUACAAGGAUGAGCGUGGAUCGCUUCUUGAUGAUGAAGCUGCAUCCACAAGAGAUGCAAUGUAUGAGCAGGCUGAGUUUAUAGAGAGGGAGCUAGAGCAGGUGACAGAGCAAAUCAAAUCAAUUAUUGAGACUGUAAAUGCCAACCAGGGAGGAGAAUUGGAAGUAAAUGAUGGGAUGGCUCCACUAGAUGUGGUUGUACGAAUCUUAAACAACCAACUAAGCUCUUUAAUGUGGAUUGAUGAAAAGGCCGAAGAGUUCUCUUCACGAAUUCAGAAGCUUGCCAAUCAAGGUCCUGCUGCAGAUCGUGAAUUGAUGGGUCCAAGAUACUGGAUGUCAUGAUCUUUGGAAUUAAACAACCUUUAUUUUUCUCUCCAAGAUCAGUUUCUAACUGUAUGAAAGAAGUAUAUGCCUAAUAUUCUCUGUAAUACCUCCCUGCAGUUUCACAAUUGUAUGGUUGAACUUAGGCUGGAUGAGAUCAAAUGUUGAAUUUAAAAAGAUUUUUGGGGAUUUUGCAAUAGCCAUCAAUGAGUUUAGCCUUUUGUUUAAUUGACUGAUGUAACAAUCCCAUGGUAUGAGAUGUCAAUCUUUCUUUCUACCC